AUGGCGAGACAGGUUCAGUGGCUUGCCGAGACGCCACCGUCCGAGGAUUCGGACAACAUCAACUCGGGCUCACGUUAUACCGGCCACUUGUCGUCGUCGUCUUCCAGUUAUCCAUCUCCCGCCGAUGCCCCGCUCCGAGCCCACCGCGCCUGCGAAAAAUGCACCCGAACCAAGAAGAAGUGCGACAAAGGCCUGCCUGCUUGUUCGAGAUGCACCAGGCUCGCCACCAACUGCUGCUAUGACUUUGUGGUCAAUCCUCCCUCGCUCACCAUCGUCGAGCAAGGCUCUCCGAGCAAUGCUUACAAGCAUCCCAACGACGCUCGCCCAGCCUUUGAAUGGCUCAACCAGGUCGACUUCACCGCUGAUCAGAUCAUGCAGCUCCUCAUCAGUCAUGGCGUCGACUGGAAGGCUUCCGUCAAUACCUACUUCAGCACUGUCAACACCUGGCUCGUCGUCAUCCAUCCCGAACUCUGGCAGAGACGCUGCGCCGCCGCUAAGCUCGAUACCACCCCCAACGAUCCUGGCCUGGCCCUGCUCAUCCUAUGUAUUCACAUCCUGACCAUUUGGAAUGUUGACGAGUUUUCGUCUACAGCCAUGCUCGGCCAUCCACUCUAUCAGUCUGCAAAACGCAUUUGGGUCAUGAGGAAAGCCUUUUCCAAGGCCAAUAUUGAGCAUGUUCAGUGCGGCGUUCUCCUAGCCUUGUUCGAGCUAGGACACGGAGGCAUCACUCGCUGCUAUCAGACGUUCGGCGAGACCGCAUCGAUUGGCAAGGUGCUGAAUCUGAGACCCGGCAAAUAUGUCAAGGAGGAAGAGGAUACGCCUGCCGACAUAGGAGAGGAGCAGAAUCGCGCGCUUUGGAUCACCCACCUGCAAGCCUCGACACUAUGGGCCCCGCUUCAGAUGGAAAUGCCCUCCGAAGACGACCUCUUCCCCACAGAACAUUACAUCUGGGACAACGACAGGAACAAGUCGGUCAAGAUCAUCAAGCGGUACCCCGUCACAAUCCCGGCCUCAGUGCGUGUCGGCACUUUUCAGAGAUCUUGCCAGGCGGCUAUCCUUAUCGGCUAUGCCGCGAAUUGGGAGGCGGCAAAUGCGGAGACCGACGAACCUCCCAGCGUCUACUCGUUUGCCCAGCUCGAGUUAGCCGCGAGAAACCUAAUCGAAGCUUUGAUUACCCGGUCCGAGACCUGGAGCGAGAAUCUCAAUCCCUACGCCUUGUGUGCAAGCACUUUCUGUCUUCUCUUCUAUUCCUUUCUCUAUUACACCAAUAGACCCGACACUCCUGCCCGAGACCCAGAAACGGACGUGGAGACGAAGAAGGCCGUCGCCGGCAUCAAGUUUACCAUUAGUCUCGUGAUGGAUAGCUCAAAUGGUAUCUUCAAUGCUUACCCCAACCGUGAAAAGUUUUUGGAAAACAGCACCCUGGUCUGGCCAUAUGCGCAAUAUCACGCGAUGCAGCUUCUUUUCCAUUACGAGGCUCUGCUGGAAGAUGCAGAGUCUAUGAUGGCAGAGAUCAGGCAGAGCGUCGAGAGCACAACAAAGCGAUGGGCUUGUUCUCGCUGGCUGUUGGAAGAGUUUGAUAGAGUCCAGGCGGCUAAAAGCAGCGGGGUUACACUGUGUAAAAAGUGCACCAUUGGAUGCGACAAAAAGCCUUUUGAGAUCUCAACGAGAUACGAUCGAGCGUUGAGCCCGACUUAA